CUCUCACUCUCACCCAUCAUUGCAUCUGUGGAAUGUUGAGGGGCCGCAUGAAGGUCGACGCGGCCUCCAUCAACUCACGCUGACGCAAAAUGGACAUCACACCGAUGAGAACACAACACACAGACAUGACAUGUGUGUGUCUGUGUGUGCACCACCUCGAGUUGUCUGAUGGUUUUCAUUUUGGCCUCGUUCUUUCCCCUCUUCUCAGCUUCGAUCUCACCCAAACGAAUCUAUCAAACACACACACAGAGACAUGGGCAGUCGGUGUGUUUCGUGUGUCAUGUGUCAUCAUGAUUGGUUUGACCUCUCGUUGUUCUGUUUUGAUUUGCUGUUGUGUCAUUGGGAUGGGCGGCGGCAGACUCUUGACGCGGGCCAACUGGGCGCGCAAGUAGCGGUCCUCACCUGACCACACACGAGACACACACACAUGCAGCAGAUGUGUCAGUGUGAUCUGCGAUGUGUGUGUGUGUGUGUACGUCUGUUGCAGUUUGCCUCGAGUUCGCUCUCCUCUGCGUCGGCCACGCCACUCUACACAAUCACACACACAAUCACAGACAGACACCGAUGGAUGGUCUGCGUGUGUCUGUGUGUGUGUGUCUUUCAUACGAUUGUCUGUCGAGUGCGGGCCUCUUCCUCUCGGUCGUCGCGCAGCGCCUCGCGCAACUCAUCGGCCUACAAAGACAAAGGCAUGUAUGCCACAUACAGCGAGACACACACACACAAGCAGAGAGUCAGCGUCUCUGAGUGUCUGUCUGCUGUUGAUCCACACGCAUGAGCUGACGUGAAUUUUGUCGAGGACGUCCUCAUCGUCAUUGUGAUUGUUGCCUUUGUGUGUGGUCGGUGUGAGUGCCUCUCCCCCGCCGCACAAAAACAGCAGCAGCAAAGCCACACCCGAGGCAGUCACGCAACGCAUCAUGGUGGACAGAUGGAUGGAUGGAAAUUGACGAGCGACUGACUGACUGCGGCCGAUUGGAUCGCAAUACUCAUUGAUUCAAUCUGUACGUACGUACGUACACGUACGCGUAUACAUUGACACGUACGUACGUUUGUUGGACAGACAUGUCUGUCGAGCAUGUAGCCAGCAGUGGAUCGAAGAGUCUGUACAAUUCAGCAAACCAAUGCACUUAUGUGUAUCGACAAUCAGGCAGCUGGCUGGCUGGCUGGCUGGCUACUCAA